AUGCAUCCUUUAAAUGAGGUGUUUAAAAGCCAAGCGGUCCUUGAGGACUACAAGCAGUCGAACUUCACCAAAGGACAUCUCGCACCUUGUAGCCACAUGAAUACAGAAGAAGACAAAGAAGCCACCUUUACUUUGACAAACAUUGUUCCCCAGGUGGACAAAUCAAAUUCAGGCCCUUGGGAAAAAUGGGAGGAAAAAGUUAAGAAGAAAAUAAAGCCACACUGCAGAGGUGAAAUGUACGUUAUAACUGGUGUCAUGCCUUACGAGUCCAACACAAGCUUGAUCAAUGACAGAGUGGCUGUUCCUGAGUACAUUUGGUCUGCUUACUGCUGCCCCACCUAUAAAAUACCCAAUGGCCUUAAAGAUAAGGGCAGUAUAAAUAUGCAACAGUUCUUCCCUACAUAUGGUGCAGUCGGAAGAAAUGAUCCCAACAGCAAUGAAAAGAUUGUGAAUAAGACAGAUACAUCUCAGGGUUAUGAUGUAAGGGAGAUGCCAUUGGUAGAGUUGGAGAAUAUCCUGAAAGAGAGGAUGAACAAGGAGGAAGAAGUGAGACUGUUUAAAGACAGCUGCAAGAAAGAUAAAACCGAAAUAUAA